UGACAGGCGCACACAUACACACUGGGCCACGCGCGCGCAGCCCGGCCCCACUCGCGCAGCGCGGUUCUGCCUGGACCGCAUUGUCCGCCGCUCGGCCCGCGCCCCGAGCCCCGCGCCCCUGCUCCCGGCGCCACUCGCGGGAUUCCGACGCGGGAAGGGAGCGCGCUCUGGCCUCCCGCUUGGCAACCAACGCCCCCGACCGGAGCAGCGGAGGCAGCAGGACUCUUUAGAGGAAAGGACUGCCACCCUAUCUCAUCAUGUCUCGGCGCAGCCAGCGCCUCUCACGCUACUCCCAGGGGGAUGACGAUGGUGGCAGCAGCAGCAGUGGCGGGAGCUCUGUGAUGGGGAGUCAGAGUACCCUGUUUAAAGACAGCCCUCUCAGGACCCUGAAGAGGAAAGCCAGCAGUGUGAAGCGCCUCUCCCCAGCGCCACAGCUGGGCCCCUCCUCUGAUGGACACACCUCCUAUUAUAGCGAGUCCAUGGUGCGGGAGUCCUAUGUGGGCAGCCCCCGGGCUGUGUCCCUGGCCAGGAGUGCCCUCCUGGACAGUCAGCUGCAUGGCGAGCCCUAUUGGGGUGAGUACCUGCGAGUGAGGAAGAGGAGGGGCACAGGUGACACCGAGAGCAGCAAGAUGAAUGGGCUCCCAGAGAACAAGGUCUCCGAGGAUUUCCUGGGCUCCUCUUCAGGCUACUCUUCUGAGGAUGACUACACAGGAUGCUCAGAGACAGAGCAGAGGAGCUCAGGGUCACGGUUAGGAGCUGCCGUCUCUCGGGCAGCCUCUUUCUUGUGGACAGUGGUCACCUUCCCAGGCCACCUCUUUGGACUCCUCUACUGGUGGGUUGGCACCACCUGGUACCGCCUGACGACAGCUGCCUCCCUUCUUGAUGUCUUCGUGCUAACCAGGCGCUUCUCCUCCAUGAAGACUUUCCUGUGGUUCCUCCUGCUACUCUUGCUCCUGACAGGCCUGACCUACGGUGCUUGGUACUUCUAUCCCUACGGACUGCAGACCUUCCACCCUGCCAUAGUCUCCUGGUGGGAAGCAAAGGAUGCCAGCAGGCAGCAAGGGGUGUGGGCGUCCAGGGACUCCCCCCAUUUCCAGGCUGAGCAGCGCAUUCUGUCCCGGGUACACUCUCUGGAACGGCGCCUGGAAGCUCUGGCUGCAGAGUUUUCCUCCCACUGGCAGAAGGAGGCCAUGCGGCUGGAGCGCUUGGAGCUGCGGCAGGGAGCCUCUGGUGAUGGGGGUGGCGGCAGUCUGAGCCAUGAGGACACCCUGGUGCUGCUGGAGGGGCUGGUGAGCCGUCACGAGGCAGCCCUGAAGGAAGACUUCCGCAGGGACACUGCCGCUCAGAUCCAGGAGGAACUGGGGGCUUUGAGGACAGAACAUCAACAGGACUUGGAAGACCUCUUCAAGAAAAUAGUCCAGGCCUCCCAGGAGUCUGAGACUCGACUCCAGCAGCUGAAGGCUGAUUGGCAAAGGAUGACCCAGGAAUCCUUCCGGGAGAACUCCAUGAAAGAGCUGAGCCGGCUGGAGGGUCAGCUGGCAGGCCUGCGGCAGGAGCUGGCAACCCUGACCGUGAAGCAGGACUCAGUAGCAGACCAAGUGGGCCUGCUGCCCCAGCAGAUCCAGGCUGUCCGAGACGAUGUGGAGUCUCAGUUCCCCACCUGGGUCAGUCAGUUCCUUCUCAGAGGCGGUGCAGCCCGUGCUGGGUUCCUCCAGAGGGAGGAGGUGGAAGCUAAGCUGCAGGAACUGGAGAGCAAGAUCCUCGCCCACACGGCCAAGAUGCAGGGCAAGUCGGCAAAGGAGGUAGUGGCCAGCCUGGGGCUGACACUGCAGAAGGAAGGCGCAAAUGGGAUGACAGAGGAGCAGGUGCACCGCAUUGUAAACCAGGCCCUGAAGCGCUACAGCGAGGACCGCAUUGGGAUGGUGGACUAUGCCCUGGAGUCCGGAGGGGCCAGUGUUGUCAGCACCCGGUGCUCGGAAACCUACGAGACCAAGACAGCUCUGCUCAGUCUCUUCGGCAUCCCACUGUGGUACCACUCGCAGUCACCCCGAGUCAUUCUCCAGCCAGACGUGCACCCGGGCAACUGCUGGGCCUUCCAGGGGCCUCAGGGCUUUGCCGUGGUCCGUCUUUCUGCCCGCAUCCGCCCCACAGCUGUGACCUUAGAGCAUGUGCCCAAGUCCCUGUCACCUAACAGCACCAUCUCCAGUGCCCCCAAGGACUUUGCCAUCUUUGGGUUCGAUGAAGACCUGCAACAGGAGGGGACACAUCUUGGCCAGUUCACCUACGACCAGGAUGGGGAGCCCAUCCAGACAUUCUAUUUUCAGGACCCUAAAAUGUCCACGUACCAGGUGGUGGAGCUACGGAUCCUGACCAACUGGGGCCACCCAGAGUAUACCUGCAUCUAUCGCUUCCGGGUGCACGGGGAGCCUGCCCACUAGCCCCACCCCCCUUGCCACAGUCAGCAGGCUGGGGGGCCAGCCCUCUCAGCAUGUGCCCCCCAUUCUGGGGGAGUGGAUGAGCAGCACCCCGCCACUUCCCCCCACGCUUGAUCAGUACACUGACUUCAGGAGCAAGAACAAGUUGCCGCUGGCUGCGUGAGGCCGAGUGAGUCUGCAAGGUGCCCUGAGCAGCGGGGCGGCCCACAGCAGAUGAGCCCAGCAUCUGCAUCUGUCUCUUUGGUCUUCAUGCUUCUCAUUUCUCGUGCCAGGCACCAGACAUUGACUUCCCCUGUCCUGGGAGGGUGUAAAUAUGUAGAUCAGGCAGGGUCGGGUGAACCCUGCCCGCCCCCGCCCCCCCCCUUUGCAUCCACACUGGAGACGGUCACCAGGGAGGGGCUGCUGGGCAGUGACGAGUCAGGUGCCAAAGCGAUGCAGGAGGACAAGCUGAGGCAGGUGUGCCUCUCUGGCCCCUCCCCACACUGGGCACUAACCCCCUUAGAAGGUGGGUGCUCUCUGUGCAGGUGAGGACUAGGCUGCAUGUGGGGAGCUUCUGGUAGAAGCCAACUGGACAUCUCCAGACGAGUGUGACCCUAAGGUCUCUGCAGACUUUAUUUUCCUCGGUGGAGGUGGGUUCUGGCCUACUUGGACCCCUGAGAGAGGGUCUAUAGCUCCUGGGCUCUCUGCUGAGGAUAGCAGAUGCUUCCUCUCCCCCAGUGCUGGGGCUGGCGUUCACUUUGUUCCCCGCUCCUGCAAGGGCCUGUCUGUGCCCCCGAGCGAGCCUGUCACCUCCCCCUAGCCCUUCAGGGCCAGGGCUGGUCAGCAGGGAGCCAGGGCCUAUCUUUUAAGGUCAUAAGCAUCUGGAGUCAGUUAACAGGGUGGGACUCCCUGGGCUCUACCACCAGUCCAGGGAUGAUGAGGAGAGGGUGUCCGGGUAAAGGUCAGUCACACUGUGUGUCCUCCUUCCCGCAAAUCUGGCCUUGAUGUAAAAGGCUCUCACCCUCAGCCUUUCAGCUGUUGCUUGGGUUGUUUUCCUUCUAGUUCAUUUUCGGGGGAGGGGGGAGGGGAGGGAGCCCUGCUGUAUUAUGUAUGUAUUUUCAAGGUCUGUUUUUUAAUGGAAAAGCUAAGGGCCUGAUUACUAGCCCCAUUCUGAGGGGCACUGGGUGACAUUAGGUUCCCGAUAACCCAGCUGCUAGUGAGGGUACGGGGCUCUAGCCACAUGGUUGGCUCUGGCCUGUGUUAGGGGCAGGCAGGAGCCCUGAGGAACAGGGCCAACUCCAGCAGAGUCCUGCAGGAUGGUGCUGGAUGGAGUGAGGGUCCAGCCUGUCCCCAGAACCAGCUUUUGUUUUGCGCUCUCCUGUAACAAAUGCUGCACUAUUGAUUGGUUCUUAGUUUUUUAAAUCUCCAGAUUCUAAUUUAUGCCUAUGCAAAAAACAAAUAAAAUAUGCCCAGGAUUA